AUGUCGAACCUCGCAAAAGAAGCCGAGAGAGACCUCAACUCCUAUCAAGCAAAGCAAGGAGUUGGUCCCAAAAGCACCAGCAUCAAAGCCGAUGAAUCGGGUGUAAAUGCGGAUGUUGAGCGCAGAUUCCCCGGGUCAGAAGUGAAAUACGGUAGUGCCGCUACGACUGGCACGGGAGACAAUAGACCGAUUCCUGAAGAAGAGGGUGGUCGAUAUGAUGAUCGCGGGCGAUUGAGCAAAGCGAAGCAUUUUGAAGGCCCUGGCGGCCCUGAAGAUAAGAUGCACAUUGAGUCAAAAGAAUCGCCUGGCGCUCGAGACACUUUGACAUAA